GGGUGAGCUGCUGAGCGGAGCCGGUGUGCGGAACGUGGUUAUGCUGGAAGGGGCAAGGCCGAUUUGGGUCGGGGCUGAUUCGCUGUUCGCUCGGCAAGGCCUUCAUUGCAAUCAUGAAACCUGAUGAAACACCUAUGUUUGAUCCAAGUCUAUUGAAAGAGGUGGACUGGAGCCAGAAUACUGCAACAUUUUCUCCAGCCAUUUCCCCAACACACCCAGGAGAUGGUUUGGUUUUGAGGCCUCUUUGUACUGCAGAUCUGAACAGAGGAUUUUUUAAGGUACUUGGUCAGCUGACAGAAACUGGAGUGGUCAGCCCUGAGCAAUUUAUGAGAUCAUUUGAGCAUAUGAGGAAAUCAGGGGAUUAUUAUGUUACAGUUGUGGAAGAUGUCAAUAUAGGGCAGAUUGUUGCUACAGCUACUCUGAUAAUAGAACAUAAAUUUAUCCAUUCAUGUGCAAAGAGAGGAAGAGUAGAAGAUGUUGUUGUGAGUGAUGAAUGCAGAGGGAAGCAACUGGGAAAACUGUUAUUGUCAACUCUUACUCUGUUAAGUAAAAAACUGAACUGUUACAAAAUUACCCUUGAAUGUCUUCCACAAAAUGUUGGUUUUUAUAAAAAGUUUGGAUAUAAUGUAUCUGAAGAAAACUACAUGUACCACAGGUUUCUAAAGUAGUGAUAGCAAGAAUCAUUUUUAGAAUGGAAGCAAGGAAAUUUUUUGCAAUUAGAUUAUUAUAGAAAAAUCAAAGUAUUUUAUUGCUACAAAACCAGUGACACCUCUCCUCCCCCCCCCCCUAAAAUACUGGACAAAUAUUUUAUUCUACAAGUUUGGCAUAUUAUUUACUAGAAGAUUAAAUUGGAUUGGUAGAGCAUGCUGUGACAUUGGACCAUAAAUGAAUUAUGAAGGAGAUGACUUUUAACCAAAGGAAUAUAUUUUUAAAUUGAAAAUUUUCCUGUAUUUUUCUAAAGUUGGGCUUUAUUUCUUUGUAGUCGAAGUAUAUUUACUAUCUUCUUAUUCAAAAAAUACCGAUUGUAUAAGAUAAUAUCCUGUAGUGUACAAAAGUUUUUAGAUAAUUAGUUUCCUUAGUUAUUAACAAAAGCUUAUACUGAUGGGUUUAAUUGCAGGCUGACUUCUUGAACACAGAACUUGGGGAGCUUGGCAAAUAUCAGAUAAAACAUUCCACUAAAGUAUUUUAAUUUUAUUUAAACCUAUUGAACAUAUUGGGGAGAGGGGAAAUGAUGAGAUUGAAAGAAGUUAGCUGUGAAAUACAAUGUACUAAUUUUAUCCUACCAUGUCAGAACAAUUUGACUUCCACAGAAUUGAGGCAUCUGCAUCUAUAUUUAUCUGAUACAGUAGUACUUGUUUCCCUCGAUCCUGAAAAAACAUCUCUCAUAGCUUUUCAAUUUUUACCAAACAUCAAAUUUCAGCUAUCCUUUUUUGAUGAACAUUUUAUGGGAAAAUCACAUUGCUUUUGUUUCAUUCAUAAAAUUUGAUGGGGAUUUUUUCAGUGAUAACAGGCACUUUUGGUUAGAUGCUAUUUUCUGAUUUUUUUUAGUAUCAAAAACCUAAAAUUACUAUUCACAUGGAUAGUAUAUUCUGAUAGAACUAUAAAGUUUUUCAUGUUUUUCCUUCUAAUAUUUCUUGAACUUCUAGGUCCUCAGGUAAUGGCUGGUGUUAUUUAGAUAUUAGCUAUUUGUAAAUUAAUUAAAGAUCAUCUUUAUUCUUCA